AUGACCCGAGUGUCUCCGAGCUGCGCGGACAUGACAGCGCUGGCCCCUCCUCCCACGCUGCAGCUCACCAAUCGGCCUGUUUCACCUUCCCGAUCGCCGUCCAAUCACAGCAGCCCCCCAGACGCCCGGCCGCCGUUAAACAAAGAGCGACGGGAAGAGAGAGAGAAGACACAAGAGCUGACGGAGGUGCUGCGUGAUAAGGAGCGCCGGGUGCAGCAGCAGCUGGAUCGCAGCGCCGGCGAGCGAGGGAGGAAGAUGGAGGUGCAGAGGAGGAAGGAGCAGCAGCGCAGGGCAGCAGCCGAGGGGAAGAGACGGCAGAAGCAAGAGGCAGAAAAGGAGAGGCUGGAGGCCCUGGUCCGCCGGAGAGCUGGGGGGGCCGAGACAAGAGGAGGAGGAGGAGGUGGAGGAGGAGGAGGAGGAGGAGGAGGAGGAGGAGGGGAUGCUCAGGACCACCUGGAGAACAGGCCCAAACGCUGGACGUGGGGAGGACCGCCCGAUGGAGUAGAGGGUAACCCUAAGACCCCGCCCUGCCCUGCCAUUGGCUCUGCUCAGCCCAAUGAGCUCCCUGCCGCUGCCAGUGCCAGCCAAUCCCGUAACGGUACAGACCACAUGUCUCUCUGUGUGCCACGCCCACCCCCCCCCCCCCCACCUGCAGCUGUUGUUGAUUUCCUGUGUCCACCCACGAUGGAUCCACCGAUGAACAAACAGCUCUCCAGCUCCUCAGCCGCCCUCCACUCACCGGAGAGAGCUUCCCCCAACAACCACAGACCGUACAGAAGUUCCUCCAACCGCAGGAGCAUCGCUGGACUCUCUGAAGAGACGUCCAGAGCCAAAACACCCACGGGGGAGACGCCGAACACACCAGUCCGCAGCUCUUCCUUCAGGGCCAACAGUAAAGGCCCGGCUACACCAAAACGGGUGAGAUCGAACCGGAGCCGCGCCCAGUCGCCCUGCUCUCCUGGACAGUUCCCCCCCUCUCCGCUCAGACAGAGAGCCACCACCCCCGGCACUGACGACAGGGGUCACUCUGAGGUCAAAGGUCACAGCACCCUGGAGAGGAAAUCGACCAAAUCUGAAACCUCGGAGAAGAGGAUCCCCAAAUCCACCAGCAGGGAACUGAACGCAGAGUCUCCAGGCACGCCCACGGGCCGGAGUGUGGGCGGGACCACAGACGCUGAGGAGGCGUCCAGGCUGCUGGCUGAGAGACGACGUCUGGCCCGAAUACAGAAGGAGCAGGAGGAGAGACAACGGUUGGAGGACGAGAGGCUGCGGGCGGAGGAGGAGCAGAGGAGGCAGCAGGAGGCCAAGGAGCGACAGGAGAGAGCGGUGCUUCAGGCCGAGGAGGAUAGAGUGAGGAGGGAGGAGGAGAAGAGGAGCAAGGAGGAGGAGGAGAGACGACAGAAGGAGCAGAGAUGGAAGGACAUGCAGGAUCAGCUGGACAGAGAGAGGGAGGAGGCGUGCCUGCGAGCCCAGAAAGAGGCCGAGAGGAAGCGACAGGAGCGAGAGCUGCUGCACGCACAGGAGGAGCAGGAGCGCCUGCAGAGGAAGAAGAGAAUUGAGGAAAUAAUGAAAAGAACAAGGAAGAGUGAAGUGGAUCCUCCCUCCGGCUCCUCAGGUGAAGGAUGUGACAUCAGAGCCGAGGCGGCCGCCGCUCUGGAGGAGGACGGCCCGACCCCUCCCCCGGCUGAGGCCCCUGUCAUCACGCUGGGGCCCCUGGAGAAUAAGAGCUUUGUGGACGAGUUGUCUGACGGAGUCCAGUCCAUGGACGUCAGUUCUCCAUCUGUCUCCAUCAGCCCCGUGUCCAGGGAGGAGCAGGCGAGCGCUCAGGAGUUCUCUCCCGUCACCGAGGGGACAGACGGCUGUCCCCUGGAGCACCUGAUGGACCUGGACCCCCAGGGACGAGUGCAUGGCGCCCAGACGGCCCCCUACCCGAAGCUGCAGGCCGGCAGCGGGGUCGGCGACCUCAACAAGAACCUGCUGAUUCAAGCGUUCAGCGCCGCCUCUGAAUCCACCCAGCUCAUCCACAGCAUCGGCCCCAGCAAACUGGACGUCCAGUAG